AUGAAUUUGGAAAAUCCAAGUCAAAUCGAAUCAAAAUUGGAACAUGAAAGUGGGAGUCUAUCGCAAUUAAAGGAUCAUGUUGAUAAAUACAGAGAUUUGUCCAAUUCGAUGUCAACAAUUUUGACCAAAUUCGAGCAACGACUUGGAAAAUUGGAGCAAACCAUUCUACCGGUUUACAAUCAAACGGAGCAUUUGCAGAAGCGACAAAAAAAUCUGCAGUCAACACUUCAGUGCCUUGAGAAUGUACUGUCGCAUUAUGAAGCGUCACAAGAGCAAUGUAAUUUGAUACAUUUGGGUCCAUCAGAAGGGGAUGUUGCCGAUUUUCUCACCGGUUUGGAUAAACUGAAACGGGCCAAGGACUAUUUCCUCAACAAUAAUCCACAAAGUGUCGAAUUGGAAAAUGUAACGAGCUUAUUUAAUACAGGAUGCACAACACUGGAGAAUCACUACAAGGCGUUGCUGAAAAAGUACAGCACACCAUUGAAGCCGGUUGAUUUGCUUGAUUUGAUAUACAUUGAGGAAGAUUCAUCGAACGAAGACUGUACGUCAAUUAAGCAAAUGACACAAAGCACUCGAGAAGAACUCGGCACCAUUUCCAAUUGGUUGGAAUACAAUUUGCGUCGUGAUUACAUGGAGAUUUAUGCUGCAGAGCGAUCACAAGUUGUGUUCCGUUCGCUUCAACUGCUGAAAGAUCACCAGCGAACGGGAAGUUGGGAGAAUGAUGCAUCGCGCACACGAGCAUAUGCUACGGGUCCGGUGAAGGUUGAACCAACGCGAAAAACUGCAUCGACACGCAUUCAACACUUGCUUGAACGAAAAGCGAACAAAAUGCUAAUGAAAGCAUCUCAAACACUGGAACAAUCUACCGGGAUUUCUUUGAAAAAGUCCACAAAUGUCGACCACAAUGCACACAUUGACAUGAUUGCCGAUCGAGAUCAAGAGUUGGAUAAAUAUUUAGUUUUGUUGUUGGGCUUACAACGAUUGUUCAUUUGGGAGCGUCAACUGAUGAAUGACGUCAUUCCGAAAUCACGUCACAACGAUGUCUUCGCCAAACUGGCACAAAGUUCCAUCGAAAUGGUGGUCAAAGAUGCUGAAGGCAUCACUGGAAAAGCGAUGAGAAACAUCGCUCGUAAACGAUGGGCAUCAUCACUCGAAAUAUUCUCGGCAUUACGUCAUUUCCAAUUGUUGCAGCCAGAUAUUGAACGGGCUUGCGAUGUGAAUCAACGUCAACAGAUCAAUUUGAUUCUCCAGAAACUACAACAAACUGGAUCAAAAGCAUUGGAUCAAUUUUUGGAAUUCGUCAAAGCCGAUUCGGGCUCAAAUUUGGUGGGCAUGAGUGCGAGCACCUUAUAUUCCAACGUACCGAAAGACGCCACUGUUCAUGAGCUAACGUCGAAUACAAUUUGGUAUUUGGAACAUCUGCUCGAGCACUGCGGUGUGAUUGCUGACCUUUUGUGUCAGGACCAAUUUUAUAUACAGCAAUUGGAUUCACUUUGCUCGAACAAAUCGGUUUCGGCAGACGCACGAGCCAAAAUCUUACUCGGUUUGUACGUGAAGAGAGUUUUGUCCGAGCUAAACCUAACCAUCGUAUCGAAAUGUGAACAAUAUGGCGAUUAUGCAACGCGUCAUCUCUUCCGCUUGAAUAAUAUUCACUAUAUUCUGAAGUCAUUGCAACGAUCGAAUGUGCUAGAGCUGCUGCUGAUGACAGAACCCGAGUGUGAAAGAAACUAUAUGGACUUGAUUCAAGAGUUGCAUGGGGCUUAUCAACGAUCAUGGGCACGAUUGAUUUCAAUGAUUUCACCGCUGGAAGAUUUACCACGGCCCGUCAACGGAAAAGUCAAAGACAAAGAACGCUCAAUUUUGAAGGAACGUUUUUUUGGAUUCAACAAAGAACUCGAUGAAGCAUGCAAAACGCAACGAGCCAUUUCCGUACCCGAUGUCAUUUUGCGCGAGGGCUUGAAACGAGACAAUGCUGAAAAUAUCAUUCCACAAUACAACGCCUUCUUUGAAUCGUACGCCGACGUGCAGUUCAGUAAAAACCCGGAAAAGUACGUCAAAUAUAAACCACAAGAUGUCGCCGCAAUGCUGGGCAAUCUUUUCGAUGACAGUGUUUAAAUAAUAGAUAAGAAGAAAUUUAAUGAAAUUAACUCCAAAUGCAAUAUGUUUUAAAUAAACAAAAUAUCAUGUCGAAAAUUAUGUAUGUUUAAUGGAAUAAAGAAAUAACAUUUAAAAUUGAGAAUUUGAAAUGUCAAA